AGAUGAUAGGAUAAUCAGUAAUCAGUAUAUACAUGUAAAUGAGCUAAUAAGAAGAGCCGUACAAAACCAAAUCUGAAACUGAAAAACUCUUUUGUUUUGUCAACUGAAUUGAUUGAAUACAAUUCGUGAUGGGUUGCUGUUCUAGCAAAGAGAAAGAAAACUCUGGUGUUGUUUCAACUGAUGGUACCCAUUAUACUCGAGACCCUAAUGUAAAUAGGGAUCAGGUGAUUAUAGGUGGUCCCCAAACAUCAUCAGGUCCCAUUGUAUCCAACCCCAUUGUUUCAAAUCAGUUUGGGGGCUUCAACUCGGGACAAAUGUUUAACCAAUCAAAAACAGGCAUGGUUUCAUUGAACCAAGGAAUGCCGAGUCGGCCUUCAUUGCAAGGGCAAGUAAGAUACGUUGCUUUAUAUGAUUAUGAUGCAAGAACUGCAGAUGAUUUGUCUUUUAAAAAGGGAGAGCAGUUAUUCAUUCUGAAUAGCACUGAAGGUGGUUGGUGGUUAGCAAGGGCCGUACAAACUGGUUAUGAGGGUUAUGUACCGAGUAAUUAUGUUGCCAUGUAUGGUGGGCUGGAUUCAGAAGAGUGGUUCUUUGGUAAAAUUGGCCGAAAAGAUUCUGAGCGAUUAUUAUUGAACCAGGAAAAUCUUAGAGGUACUUUCCUUAUUAGAGAAAGUGAAACUGCACCAGGAACAUUUUCUCUUUCAAUUCUGGACGAGGAUCAAGCCAAAGGAUUAAAUGUGAAGCAUUAUCGAAUUAGGAAACUGGAUAGUGGAGGAUUUUAUAUAACUGCAAGGGCUCAGUUUGAAACACUAAAGAAUCUUGUAGACCACUAUCAGAAUGUUACGGAUGGUUUAUGUUGUCGCCUACUUGAUCCUUGUCCUCUUUUGGAAAAACCCCAGACAAUAACAAUUGCGAGGGAUGUGUGGGAAAUACCACGAGAAUCCCUUAAAUUAGAAAAAAAAUUGGGUGCUGGUAUGUUUGGUGAGGUUUGGAAAGGACUUUGGAAUGGCACAACGGAAGUUGCAAUAAAGACAUUGAAAACUGGUACCAUGUCUCCAGAAGCAUUCCUUGCUGAAGCAAAGAUAAUGAAGAUGUUACGUCAUGAAAAGCUAGUCAGUCUUUAUGCUGUGGUUUCCAAAGAACCAAUUUACAUUGUUACUGAAUUUAUGUGUCACGGGAGUUUACUGGAUUAUUUGAAGGAAGGUCCAGGUCACAAAUCCAACUUAGUCGACCAAAUUGAUAUGGCAGCCCAGAUUGCUGCUGGCAUGGCUUACAUAGAAAGAAUGAAUUACAUUCACCGCGAUGUUCGUGCUGCCAAUAUUCUUGUUGGGAAAAAUCAAGUUUGUAAAAUUGCUGACUUUGGGUUGGCCCGACUUAUUGUGGAUAAUGAAUACAGUGCACGACAAGGAGCCAAAUUUCCAAUAAAAUGGACAGCACCCGAAGCUGCAAUGUAUGGAAAGUUUACCAUUAAAUCGGAUGUUUGGAGUUUUGGUAUUCUACUAACAGAGAUUGUGACCAAAGGAAGAAUCCCCUACCCAGGUAUGAUGAAUAGAGAAGUACUUGAGCAAGUGGAAAGAGGUUACAGGAUGCCCAAACCAACCCUUGGCCCAAACGAUCCACCGUGUCCCGAUUCAUUAUAUGACCUUAUGAUACAGUGUUGGAACAAGGAAGUUUUAUAUCGACCCACAUUUGAAUACAUACAAGGGUUCCUAGAAGAUUAUUUUACUGCCACAGAACCGAAUUACAGGGAGGCUAGUGAUUUUUAAUAUUCUGUUCCAUCUUGACUGUUUUGCUCGGUUACCACUUUUUUAUGAUUGUCCUUAAAUAAUGCACAAUAUAAACCAUUUCAAUUAAACAUAAACAUUACUUUAUGACUUCACAAUGUUGCAAAAUGCAGUUUACAAUGUUUAUGGUGUAAUUCAUUGCAUCAGUGCCUGUAUUUGGUCUUUCAUCAAGUUGACUCGAUUUUAUUGUUUAUUUGUAAAUAUUAUGCUUUAAGUUAUUUUAUACAGUGACCGUAGCUUAUGUUAAAAUGCACUAAUUGUUUUGCUUUGGAAAGUUUAACAAGCAAGUGCAUAUUUAAAGUUAAUAUCUGCUGGCAUUACUUUUCUAAUUUUAUAUCACAUGGUCGGUUGUCCUAUGCAGAUUCUAGGCAUUUUUCCAGAUACAAUUUACAUGAAACUAUGUUACAUGUAAUAAGAUAACUUUUAAAGUAACUUUUAUUAUCUAUGACACUUUUAAAAUAAGAAUUAGUUUUUGUUAAAACUGUCGGUAUCUGUGAGGCAUCCAACUCCAUAUGAAAGCUGCCUGUGAUACUGUUUUCAUGUAUACCCUAUUUUUAUUUGUAAUAAACUGCGGUGUCUGCUGCAUCAGAUCAUUUAGAAACCUUUUUCAUUUAAAAGCGUUAUUAAAUGUUUAAUCAAAUAAAUGUGGUUCAAACUAAUUUAAAAAUUAAUUCCAAAUUCAGUUGAAUUUCACAAUGCAAAGAUAACAAAUAAGUACAUUAUAUAUUAAGAUUAACAUCAUACCUAGUAGUUGUGUCAACAGUUUUUCAGCAUCUGCUGUUACCAAUUUGAACCUUUUUAUAUUAUAUUACUACAAUGCGCAAUAAUAAAUUUUCUAAUCCUACUUGCUAUUUGUUCUCAGUUUUUACGCUAACAUAAGAUGCUAAUAAAGUUAAUUAACACUA